AUGGCCCCUGCAAAACCGAAAGCGCAAAAGAUGUCCGUCGGGACCUUCUUGGCCGACGAGAAUUUUGGCUCGUGGGCCGAUGAAAUGGAUGAAUUCCCUUUGCCUGUUCCCGAACCCCGUGCUAGCUAUGGUGGAGAACGACGUGCGUUCAGCGGAUAUGGCAACGACACGGGCGGUAUAGAACGUGACCACCGUGGGUACGCCAUCAGAGAGGAGCUUCCCCUUCCCACUCAGCCUCCUUACACUGCCCACAUUGGCAAUUUGUCUUUCGAGGCAGCCCAAGCCGACAUUUCGGAGCUGUUCAAGGAAUGCCAGGUGACAAACGUUCGGAUCGUUGAGGACAAAAUGACCAGGGCGCCAAAGGGCUUCGGUUACGUCGAAUUUGCUACUCUUGAAGGCUUGAAGAAGGCCCUCACAUUCCAAGGAACUUCUCUUCAGGGAAGAAAUAUCAGAGUUAGCGUCGCAGAACCUCCCAAAGAGAGACAAGAGACGAGGGAUUUCAGCGACUGGUCCCGCAAAGGCCCACUUCCAGAUGUUCCUUCACAGCGACGAGUGUCCGACCGCCCGGGCUUUGGAGCGAGAGGACAGGACGCUAUGAGUGAUGUCGGAGACCGUACCGGACGACGUGCCUUUGAGCCCGCUGACGGUAAAGUUAGAGACUAUGGGAAUUGGGAACGCAAGGGACCCCUCUCCCCUUCCCCUGCCCCUGCAUCUUUAGCUAGCGAAGGAGGCCGCCCAAGAAGCAAAGACGGCCCUGGAUUCCGCAAAGCCUCACCUGCUUGGGGAGAGGCGCGCUCCCAAGACGGCUCAAGGCCUCCCAGACGUGAGUUCCAUGAGCGACCAGCCCCAGAGAGAACGCCAACCGCUCCUGAACUAGACAACCAAUGGAGAGCAAGGAUGCGACCAGACCCCCCAGCUCCCAAAUCCGUCGCCCCAGCUCCUGAAGCUGUCCCGGCUGCCCCUCCUGCACCAGCCCAACGACCCAAGCUUAAUCUACAAAAACGAACAGUUGAGGCUGAACCCGCUUCCCCCACAGCCACAACUGGCGACUCCAAGGCGAGCCCCUUCGGUGGGGCUCGUCCCAUUGAUACGUCUGCCAGAGAGCGUGAAGUUGAGGAAAGACGCCAGCUAGCCCUGCGACAAAAGAAGGAAGCAGAGGAAAGAGCAAAGGCUGAGAAAGCUGAGAAACAAAAGGCAGCAAAGGAACAGGAGCAGCUGACAAAGGAAGAAGCUGCAGUCAAGGGUGGAAGUGCCAUCACCACUGCAAAUGGCGCUAAGGAGGAUGGCUCAGACGCCCCACAGGCUGGGAAGAAUAUCGAGAUCCUUCGCAGGACGGGCCAUACUGAAGAAGCCACAGUAGUCGAGCAAGCGUCAGCGGCACCAGCCGCUAACGAGAAGCCUGGAAUUCCCAAAGAGCCGGCGGCUCGCCAGCAACAACCGCAGCAACAGCAACAGCAACAGCAGCAAUCAGCACCCCCAAGCAAAGCCAACGGAAACUGGCGAAAUGGUCCCGCCCGAUCUCGCGGCGGGGGCCAUGGUCAUGCGCCACCCAGAGGUUUUGUCCAGGGCCAUGCCAAGGCUCAGCAACAGAGAGGUGCCCCUGCGCAGGAACACGUGCCAGCUCCUACUCCUGCUACCCCCGCUGAGCCUGAGGAGGAGGGCUGGAGCACCGUGAGCAGCAAACAGCGCAACAACCGACGCGGAAACCAAGCUCGCGGCUGA